AUGGAAAAAUAUAAAAAUUAUAAAACAUCAGAAGGAGAUAAGCAGGCUGGAUCGGAAUCAGAUGCAAGCCUAUGUAGCGAUGUAUCAAGGACAGCUUCUAAGUCCGGAGGUCGCUCCCGUGGGGCGAAAAAGAGACGUAUUACAAAAUCAAUAUCGUCCAGCGACAAUGAAGCUUUUUUAAAAGAGACGAAUUCUGAGACAGGAAAAGAGGUGACACCAUUAAUGGAUAAUUCUGGAGAGUUCGUAGUGCCAGGGCCUGAGGAAGCUCUUAGUAUGGCUGAGAGGCAAGUGGAACAAAUGGCUGAAAACACCUGCCUGCGCAGUGAAAUAGAGGAGCUUCGUAAAGAGCUAUCUGAAAUCCGGCUUGAAAUGGCGAGGAUCAAUAAAACACCUGCUCCACCAACUCCUCAGGUGCGAGGAGACAAGGAAAGUGAGGAAUUGAUAAGUUCCAUUAUGCGCCAAGUUGGUGACAUGAUGAAUGCGCGAUUGGAGGCGCUUGAGGAGCGGCUUCUCCCAGAAAAGCGUGUCCGCCCUCCGCUGGCUGCUGAUGUGCGCAGAGAUGUAGUAAAUGAUGCAGACAUACUACGGCGGAAGUCUGAUACAAUUACGAAGGCUGACAAAUACGCCGUAAAAACAAGAAUAGGCAACAAGAAAAUUCCGACGCUGGAAAUACAAAGAGGAAACAGAAAGGGAAAGGGACACGAAGGGAGAACAACAGAAAUGGCAACCAACCAGCCAACAGAAUCACGCCCUCAACCUCCUGAGUCCACGGAAGAAGGAUGGACCACAGUAGUGAGAAGAGGUAAAAAACGCAAGGCAGGAACCGUCAAUCCUUCCAAGAGACCAGCAUCUGUGAAACUGCGCUCCCCAAAAUCCGCGGCUGUAGUUAUAACACUGCAGCCCGGAGGGCGAUGGCCGUCGGAGUCGUGCGAGGAUACCGGACGAUCUCCUUUGAGGCGGCAUGCGUUUUGGCGGCGUCCCCACCCUGGGAUAUAG